AUGAAAAAUUCUUUAGCACCUUCUGAUAUUUUUUAUCUGAUCAUAACAGCAAUAGAAUUAUCAGCAGGAGUUGUUGCAAAUGGAUUUAUUGUUGGAUUAAAUUGCAUUGAUUGGGCCAAAAGCAGAACCCUGACUUUCUAUGAUAUGAUUAUAACCAUCUGGCCUUCUCCAGAUUUUGCCUACAAUUAUGUCUGUGAUAUGGAUGAAAUAAUAAUGAUGAUGUUAGUUAUUUGGAUGUUUAUAAACCAUGUGAGUCUCUGUUUUGCAAACUGCCUUUCUGUGUUCUACUGUGUGAAGAUUGCCACUUUCAACCAGUCUUUCAUCAACUGGUUAAAACUGAAACUCUCCAAAUUGGUGCCAUGGCUGCUUUUAGGCUCCCUGCUGUACUGCUUAGUUACAACAGUCACUUUUACAUUUUUCAGCUAUGUCUUUAUGAUAACCUCUCACAUCUGUUCAUAUCGUCCAUGA